AUGACAAGAUUAAAAGAAGUUCAACCACUAAACAAGCAACCAAUAAUUAACCAAGAACAACCCGCCAAAGUUGUUAGUUGUGAGGUAAAGGGAGGAAAAUUAAUAACCCAAUUGGACGAUGGAAGAGAAGUUAUUAUUGCGGUUAACUUGCUAACUAAAUAUGGAAUAUUAGAGGAGGACACUAAACCCGAACAACUAAAAAGAUAUGAAUUACAAAAUGAAGGAAGGUAUAUUCAUUUUACCGAAACUGAUGAAAUAUUACCCGCUCGGAUAAUUAGCAAAGGAAUAUUUGCUCCUUGUGAGGAAGGGAGAGAGGAAUAG